ACUUUUAAAACUCUAAAUCCUCAUUAGAUACGAGAACAAAAUUCAUUUUACUUUUUGUUGAAAACGUGAUUUAAGACCGAUUUGUGUCAAAUAGUAUUAUAUCUUGUUCCUAUAAUAUUUCCGAGCCGUAAAGACCGGUAAAGGCAAAGAACACAUUAACAGGUACAAAGUAUGAUUAAUAAUAUAUGGCCACUAUCUAUUCAAACGAAAUUAAUCGAUUAAAGAUAAAAUUUGAUUUCUCAUUACAUAAUAAUCCAUUAAUUUUCACGCACGUGGAACCCAUUUGGUGUACUUCCACGUCCUCUAAGAGAGCACUGACCCACUCAUCAAAUUGAUACAUCUUUAUAAGCCCCUUCAUCGUCACACAGGCAUACACUUCCCUCUCAAUUAUUCCAUAUUCUCCUAAUUUCUAAUUGUUACACCUCAACACAUUAGAUUCUUACCAAACAAAAACGAUUAGCUCCCAAGCCUAAGCUUUUAUUUCCUUAUAAUUUUUCUCGGGUUUCUCUCUAUAAAGAAUGCAAAUGACUGAGAGAGGCCGAGCCAUGUGGCGCACGUGCCUAGCCUCGGCAUUCCGCACAGCUCUAGCUUGCACAAUCGUUGGUGCGGCUACACUCUACGGACCCGAGUGGAUCCUCCGUUUUGUGGCAUUCCCAGCGUUUUCUUACGUCACGGUCAUUCUCAUCAUUACGGACGCCACGCUCGGCGACACACUACGUGGCUGCUGGCUAGCCCUUUACGCCACAUGUCAGAGCGUUGCACCGGCUAUCAUUACACUAAGGCUUAUAGGACCAGCUCGGCUCACGGCCGGAACUACUGCUUUAGCCGCGGCUUUAGCAGCGUUCGUGGUGGUGCUACCAAAUAAUUUGACACAUUUGGUGGCUAAGCGGAUCGCUCUUGGCCAGAUUGUUCUUAUUUAUGUUAUUGGUUAUAUAAAUGGAGCUGAGACUGAGCCAGUCAUGCACCCACUUAGAGUCGCAGCUAGCACCGCGCUUGGUGUUAUAGCAUGCGUUCUUGCACUUCUUGUUCCAUUUCCUCGCUUGGCUACUUGCGAGGUGAAACAAAGCUUCAAAGAGAUUGGUCAAAAUGUAACGACGCGAGUGAAGUUGUACAUGAAAGCUUUUUGCGCCGAGGAUGCAACCUCCGCAAUGGCUUCUGUCUCACAAGCUCGAGAAUUGUCUCGUAUGUCCUCCAAGCUUUAUCAAACCAUCAAACGCUACCAACCAAGCAUGAGAUGGGAGAGGCUUCCAUUUAAGAUAUGGAGAUGGCAAAACGUGAAUGAUAACAAAGGAGAGAAACUGCAAAGCAUGGAGAUCGCUCUGAGAGGAAUGGAAAUGGUAUUAGCAAGCAAAACUCCUAUACCUUCAAGUUUACUUGCGGGAGAAGUCAAAGAUGGUAUCAAGAACAUGCAAGAACGUGUGAUUCUCGCAAUCAAACGAGUAAACAACAUCCCCCAACCGUCAGUAACUCCAGAAACGGAUCUAGAGAAACCAAACGAGUGCCUCCAAAAACUUCAAGAAAUCCCGGAAACAUCUCAAGAUUUGCCCUUUUACUUCUUCUUGUUCUGCCUUAGGCUCCUCGAAACCAUCUCAACGGCUAAACCGGAGGAGAACAAAGCAAAACCGGAGGAGAAGAACAAGGGCUCAGUCAAAUCCAAGAGUAGGUCUUGGAUUAGUGACUGGGACAGCAAGAAGGUUAUGCCGGCGAUAAAGUUAUCGCUUUCGUUAGGUUUAGCGAUUUUUCUAGGGUCGUUAUAUAGUAAGCCAAACGGGUAUUGGGCUGGUUUACCAGUAGCGAUCAGCUUCGCGGCAGCAAGAGAGGCGACGUUUAAAGUGGCGAACGUGAAGGCACAAGGGACAGUGAUAGGGACCGUGUACGGAGUGAUGGGUUGUUUUGUGUUUCAGAGGUUUUUGACGGUUAGGUUUCUUUCUUUGCUUCCGUGGUUUAUCUUCUCCGCCUUCUUGAGCAAGAGCCGUAUGUACGGACAAGCCGGAGGAAUCUCUGCGGCGAUAGGAGCCGUUUUGAUUCUUGGGAGGAAAAAUUUUGGAGAGCCAAGCGACUUUGCGAUCGACAGAAUCAUCGAGACUUUUAUCGGGUUGUCUUGUUCGAUCAUGGUGGAGCUUGUCUUGCAGCCCACGCGAGCCGCUAAUGUGGCGAAACUCGAGCUCUCUAGAAGCUUUCAUGCUUUGUACGAGUGUGCGAGCUUGUUUGGAGCUAAACCGAGUAAAGCGGAGAUCGUGGAGAGUCAAAAGAAGCUGAGAAGUCAUCUGAAUUCGCUCAAGAAGUCUACGGAAGAAGCACAAGCUGAGCCGAGUUUCUGGUUUUCGCCUUUUAACGCUUCUCAAUACGAAAAGCUGUUCAAAUCAUUGUGUAGAAUGGCUGAUCUAUUGCAGUUCAGCAGUCACGCGAUAGGGUUUCUUGGAGAACAAGGAAAAGGAAAAUCACCACAGUGCAAGGAGAUUCUUAUAAGAGACGUAGACAAAGAUCUCAAGAGUCUAACUCAAAGCAUAGGUCUUUUGGCCAAAUCUUUUGAGGAAAUUACUCUUCUCAAAUCACUGGACGCCCUCGAAAAGGCGCUUGUAAAGAACGACAAUAGCUCAUGGGACAUUGAGUUGGGGAAGACACCAAACCCUAGUUUCUCAAGCCCCGAGAGCGAGCCAGAAAAGAUUCUAAAUACGUAUCUCCAGCAUUGCAGAGGAGUUGCGGAUGGUAUGUUCCGUGCGGAAGAAGAAAGAGAAGAGGUUGAAGUGGACAAGAGUGAGGUUGUGUUGAGUUUGAGUGCAUUAGGGUUUUGUGUGGAGAAAAUGGGGCAAGAGGCAAUAGAAAUUGAGGAGAUGGUUAAAGAGGUUGUGCAGUCGGAGAAUCCUUCGAGCCACGUUAACUUGCAUGAGAUCUCUUGCAAAAUACGUUCUUUGUACAAAUAAACGUAAUUCCCAUUGAUAUCACAAAUGGAGUCUGCAAGAAGAAAACCUUCCAAAUUUAAUUUAAAAAAAAAAAAAAAAAACGUUGCCUUUUUUUUUCCUCUUCUUGUUAAGGUUGUGUGGUUAUAUACCAAUAAGACCAUCUCCAAUGUAUUUUGCUAUUUUCACCUCUAAAAUAGGGAACUCUAUAAUAGAGGUGAGAUAUGCUCCAAUGUAUUCCCCUAAAAUAGCAAUCUCUAAAAUAUAGAGUAAAAAAUAGAGGAAUGCUAUUUCUUCCUCUAUAAAUAGAGGAAAAAAUAGAGAUCUCUAUUAUAGAGGAAGAAAUAGAGGUGGGUUGGAGCAAUUUCACCUCUAAAUGCUAUUAUAGAGGUGAAAAUAGCAAUGGGUUGGAGAUGCUCUAACAAUGCCAAUUAUGCGAAGGCUAAACAAACAAAAAGUUUAUUUUUCUAUUUUAUAUGUUGGGCCAAUUUCAAUAUUCGUGGGCAUGUAAAGCCUUUCUCUUCUUAUAUAAAAAAAUUUCAAAGUGACUAAGCAUAGCAUUUUACCCGCACCGAAACAAAACCAAAAUGUAAAAAACUUGAACUACUUUUGUUAUGAGCAUUCUAACUAAUCCCGAUCAGUUAUACCUGAUAUCCGAAACAUAACCCAAAUUAAGAUACCCGAUAUGUGUGGAAAUCUUGUUGGUAUGUUCCUUUUUCUUUCUACAGGAGCACUUACCCUUCUCAUUCUUUUUCCUUCAAGAUUUAGUAAUACUUAAACCUGAUAUUUGUUUUUUUUAAUUAACAACAGUGUCAAGUCAACCACCGAUUAAUCUGUGGACUCCAAUGAUGCCAACAUUUGUAAAUAUCCUAGUGGGUCCACCAUAUUUGUUAAAACUAAACUAGAUUAAAGUAGGGUUGGGCAAAUAAACCGAACCCGAUAACCCGAACCGAAUCCGAUCCGAUAAAAAUGAAUCCGAACCGAUCCGAACCCGACGUAAAUAUCGAAUGGAUCUUGUUUUGUGGUAUUUCGGGUUAUGGAUAUUAUCCGAACCGAACCCGAAUCUAAAUGGAUAUCCGAUAGAACCCGAAACAUUCAAAACCUCGAAAAGAUCUUGUACCAAACAUGAUCUCAAUUCCUAAUAUGUAUCCAAAAUACACUAAGAAAUAUUGGACAUCUAAAAUACUUAUCUAUUACAUGAAGGUUGGUGGUUCUAUUACAUAAAUGUUGGUGGUUUUGUUACAUUAAGGUUGAUGGUUGAAGAUGGCCGUUAAAUUUUAAAGUAUUUAGAUUUAGAUUUUGUUUUCGUUAAACAAUGUUUCUCAUUUCAUGAGAACUUGGUUUUCAUUUUAUGCUUUUAUUUAUUUGGUUUUCUUUUUAUCAGUAAAUAUUUUUACUUUUCGUUUGAUUUUGAAUGAUCAUCGUUGAUGUUUCUUAUUUUUGAAUCGAUUUUACUUAAGUUUUCGUUA